ACUCGAGCACAACUGGACGGCGGGGAGAGCUCCAGGAUUCAGCACCUUGGACAGCGACGCACCGCUGCCUCCCCGAGCCGCUCAGCCGGGGAAGAGCGCGCAAAGCCCGGGCAUCCGCCAGCCACCUCCCGCUCCUACUCGCCAGGACAUGGCGCUCUCCUGCCGCCGCUGCCCGCUGCCUCGCACCGGGUUUAGUUUGUGCUCAGCCUAAGAACAGCAGAGAGAAUGCCCUUGACAGCAGCAGUGCCCGCAGAGUUUUAUUCAGCAUGACGGCUGCACGGGAGCGCGCAGGGGAAGACCCGCUGGAGAAACUUACACAAGACUGAACCGUUGCGCGUUCAACCACAGUUUGAGCGUCUUUGCCAACAACACGAGACUUUUGGUCCAGAGUUCUUCGCACUACCAUGGGGAUAAGGCACCUUCUGUUGCUGCUGAUGUACCUGGACCCGCUGAGCGUGUUGGGCGCAGCUACAGGCGGCAAAAAGAACAAGCCGUCGCCCAAGAAGGUUCCCACGGUCGCCCCGACGCUUAAGACGCCGGCGCCAGCGCCCGCCAGCAACCACGACACCUGCCUGAGCUACUACGACGUGAGCGGGCAGUAUGACAAGAUGUUCGAGUGUAACAACACGAACCACCGCUACUGCUGCGGGACGUGCUACCUGCGCUUCUGCUGCGAGUACAAGAAGGACCGGCUGGACCAGCAAGCCUGCACGAACUACCACACGCCCGUGUGGGUGCAGACCGUCAAACCUUCCCCCAUCCCGACCGGCGAGACGUAUGAUCCCAGCAUGGAUCAGACCAACACGGCGGUGUACAUCACCUGUGGGAUCAUAGCCUUCAUCAUAGUGUUGGGAGUGUCGGUCAAAGUUGCUUAUGACAAAGCUACAGAGCCGCCUCAGGAAAUGAAUAUACACAGGGCCCUUGCAGACAUCCUGAGGCAGCAGGGGCCCAUCCCUAUAUCACAAUACGACUGUGAGAACUUUGCAGCGAUGAACGGCUCGCCCAAAGACAACACACCAGUCCGAACCUCAUCCAAGAACCACUACACCCCGGUUCACGCCUCCAAAUCCAACCACGGUCUCCACUAUGGAAAGGAGAGCAUCAGGAGCAGCGGAGGCGCUGACCUUCACAACUUCAUCUCCUCUGGCUUCGUGACAUUAGGUCGGGGCCAUCAGAAAGGAGAAAAUCAUUGGCCGGUCCGCUCCCAGAGUCACCAUGGUACCCAUCAGCACAACUAUAACCAUGUGGCUCUAGGUAGCCCCACACGUACACCUAAGAAUGCUCACCGAUCAUUGAGACGUGAGAACAAUCGGAUGAGCGGCAUCCUGACCUCACAGACGGAGCCCUACGACCUGUCUUUCUCACGCUCCUUCCAGAGCCUCUCACAUCUGCCGCCCUCCUACGAGGCGGCCGUCAAAGCCGACCUCAGCCGGUUCUCGUCCCUGAAGAAACUCACAGAUAAAGACGUCGAAGAAUACUACACUCGAAAGCGACACCUGCCCGACCUCGCAGCAAGAAGCACUCUUCCGUUGCAUGUUCUCAAAAUAAGUCAAGACCAGCACCGGGACCAGCAGCUCCAGAGCCAGCCCCAGCAGUCCUCCAUCUCCCAGGCCCCCUCCCAGUCGCAGUCUUCACAGCAGCCGUCUCAGCAAAGGCAGCGGCCCCGUCGCGUCCAGAGGGCCAUGUCCCAGGACCGUGUCCUGUCUCCACAGAGGGCCCCAGAACCGGAAUACAACAUAUCCUCUAAUGGUAUGUCCCCAUACGGAGGCAGGAUCCUCUCUGACGAACAGCUCCUGUCCGCUGAGCGCCUUCGAUCCCAGGAGCGCCUGCUUCCACAGGACCGCCACACCUCCCAAGAUCGCUUGUACACCAAGGACCGCAUGUACUCUAAGGACCGACUCCUGUCACAGGAUCACCUCUACUCAAAAGACCGCCACUACUCUCAAGAACGUCUCUAUUCACAAGAUCGCCUGUACUCACAAGAUCGCCUCCUUUCCCAGGAUCCUCUGCUCUCGCCGGACAAGCUUAUGAUGUCUCUGAAGCGUGGCAUGGUCAGCAGCGUCUCCGGUGGGUUUCGCGGCAGCGACAUGUCAAUGUCGCGCGCCAUAUCACACACAGACGUGUUCAUACCCACCACUCCUCUAAUGGAUCGUUACAAGAUGACCAAAAUGCACUCCCAUCCCAGUGCCUCUAACAAUGGUGGUGGCGGCAGUAGCGGGGCACAGGGAGCAGGAAGCACCGGGCACUCCAACACUUUAGCUAUGAACCAGACAUCAACUAAGAGGCAGGCGUUUGCCUCCAGACGGACCCACACUGUGGAACAACUCCACUACAUCCCACAGCAUCACCAGCAGCAACAACAGCCACAGCACUAUCGCACAGGCAGCAAGACUGAGGUGACUGUGUAACAGCAGCCAGGGACUGGCUGAACUGGACAGGAGGAAGCACUGUUAUGUGCAAGGGGGUGGGGCUGAUCGGGGUACAUGGAUAUACUGGCGUUCUUUUAGAGUAGGGUUAGGGCGAUAUCACUUUCUUUGACUGAGGUUCCUGCAAAGUCAGAGAUUACAGGACCAAGAACAUCAACUAGCUUACUGUGAGAGACCGGAAAAAAUAUCUUCACUGUACACUGCAGACACAUGCCCAGCGAGAUCUGAAGCCAGACAGGGUUGUGAAUAGUCAGGAGUGGUAUUAUCAAGCUAACUUGCCUAUUAUUAAUUCCACUGUCUUGAAUAUUCUAUUCACCCACAGGUAACAACCUUAUUCUGUCCAUGUUUUAGUGAGAAAACACUCAUCAUGUCUGUUUCAGCCCACACAACCCCCUUAGUCCAACAAAUCUAUUUUGUGACCUUUUCUGGCAAAUCUUAAAGGGCUUUGCAUGGUUAAAGACAAAGACUGAAUCCGCCGGGAUUUCUGUUGUGCAACACAACGCAACCGCAGGUGAUGAGCAAGGAUGAGCCUGUUAUAACUUUAUAAAUAUAUAAAUAAAUUAAUUUAAAAAAAAGAACCAUUUGUACGCCCUGUCCUACUCAUAGCUCUAGAGAAUCUCAAUGAGAGAAAUUUAAAUGGAUGUUAUCAGCACUUCUGUUCGGUGCCUCUGACAGAUAUUCCAUUUCUAGAGAUGAAGUGGUUUUGUGGGUUACAAAGCACAAUCAAUAAAAAAAGUUCUGUUUUGUUUUUCAUUUUGUUUAUCUGAGUUUGAAUAGUGACAGCUAGCGUGUUUUGUUUUUAAAGCAAUGGUGGGGUUUUCUUUUGCUUCCAGUAGAAGAUUGUAAAUAAGCUAUUUUAGAAGCAGUAUAAUGGACAAGUCUGUGCUGGAUGGACCUUGUAUUAGACUGUCUGUUUUCAAUAGAUUCUUUAAAAAACAACUAUAAAUCAUCACUGUUUCGUGCGAUCAGAAUAGAAAUCCACUUAACCAAGUAUUUGACAGGAUAAAUUAAUACUCUACUGUGUGUGUCUUUGCGAAACUGUUUGUAGAAUGAAAAAGUGAACGAAUGUGUCGUUGAAAACAGAUAUACCACUGUUCAUAUUUGGAUGUAGACUGUGUUCCAUUGACAUCAGAGGAGUUGAAAAUCAUGGAAAUGGAUUAUAGCUCUUGUCAAAGUAGGUUCAAAUAAACCAUCCAUAUUUUUCUAAACAUUCAGA